ACGCACCCGCACCCGACACCCGUACCCGCGUCCGUGUAACUUAGCUUUUACGUAAUAAUCAGAACAACGUUCUUAGCUUUUAAUAAGAAUGGUUGUUUAGUUUAUUAAAUUAUGAAAAGAGAAUUUAAAGUCAACAGAAAAUAACAAAUUGAACUGAUGGUUUGGUUUAUUCAAUUGGGUGUUGGCGAACGGAUGAGUUAUUAGUUAAAUGUUUAUAUAGAAUUCUUUUGUAGUUUCAACACAUUUUGUGUUGUUAUCUACUGUGUGUUGGAACUACAAAAGCCUGAUCUGCUGGCAUUGUGUAUCUAGUGACAUGAUUAAAAGUUAUACAAUGGGAACGGGUCUAGUUAUGAUUACAGUUUUUGGGUAUAAUGAUAGUUGUUCAUCUUUUGCUUUUGAUUGAUUGUUGAACUCUUUGCGGUCAUGGCAGGUCUAGCACCAAGGAUCACAAUUUGAUGGUCGUUAGUAUGAUACCAAAAUGAAUGAGUUACUUUCAGCUGAUGGGCAAGAUUUCUUUACAUCAUAUGAUGAGGUUUAUGAUAGUUUUGACUCUAUGGGUUUGCAAGAGAACCUUCUGCGCGGCAUUUAUGCAUGCGGUUUUGAAAAACCCUCAGCAAUUCAGCAAAGGGGAAUUGUUCCCUUCAUCAAAGGUUUGGAUGUAAUUCAACAGGCUCAGUCCGGAACCGGAAAGACAGCAACUUUUUGCUCCGGUAUCCUUCAACAGCUUGACUAUGGUUUAGUUGAAUGCCAGGCCUUGGUUUUGGCACCUACUCGUGUGCUUGCUCAACAGAUUGAGAAGGUUAUGCGAGCACUUGGAGAAUUUCUUGGCGUGAAGGUACAUGCUUGUGUGGGUGGAACCAGUGUUCGUGAAGACAAGCACAUUCUGUUGAGUGGGGUUCAUGUUGUUGUUGGCACUGUUGGGCGUGUGUUUGAUAUGCUGAAGAGACGGUCACUUCGUCCUGAUUACAUUAAGAUGUUUGUACUAGACGACGCAGAUGAAUUGCUUUCUUGUGGUUUCAAGGAUCAGAUCUAUGAUAUAUUCCAGCUCCUCCCUUCAAAAGUUCAGGUUGGUUUAUCCUCAGUUACAAUGCCUCCCAAAGGCCUUGAGAUCACAAGGAAGUUUAUGAACAAACCAGUCAGGAUUCUCGUGAAACGCGAUGAGCUCACCCUAGAGGGUAUAAUUUAAAUAUGAUAUUUUAUCUUAUUAAAUUAAAAAAAUUUAUUUUAUUUAUUUUAUGACUAUUUUAGUCAAAAAAAAAAAAAAAAUAA